CGUCGAGUCACCUGAUCUAAUGGCCCUUUAUGCCUUAGGUGUCAAACGAAGACGGAGCUUUACCGAAUUGGGCUUCCGCCUGAUCGGCUCAACUUCGAUUUCGCCUCAGACGACUCUAACCGGCGUUGUUCCCGACAUACUCGUCACCCAGUUUCUGGGCUUUUAGACGUGGAAAAUGCUGUCAUCUUCGUUACGCCGAGCUGCAUGGGCUCCUAUUGCUCCCAUUUCCGGCAUCGCUCGCUCCUCCAGUCACGCUCUUCCCGCUUGCUCGAACACCCUCUUAGGCGCGGCACAGCAUGUGCGUCAGCGCCGUUACUCCUCCUCUUCGAAGCCUAGCGAUGGCUCGAGAAAAGUCGACACUUCGUCUCAGACUCCCGCAAAGGGUGUAAAUGCCGGCGAAAAGCGCGAGGGUAAGGCUUCCAGACGAAGGGGGAAAGAUAGUGGCCGCAGCGGUUCCAAGUCGAACCAGCAUACAGUCUUCUCGAAACUGCCCAGCGUUCCCUCUACUCAACACCUACAGCCCCAUGAUGUUCAUGUAGCUUCAUUCUUUUCUAUCCACCGACCUAUUUCCGUCUCGACUACCGUCCCUCCUCCCUCUAGCCCGGAAGCGUUCGAUGCCAUAUUCACCGCGAAGAAGUCAACAAAACAUGAAGCGGAUGAUGUGAUCUUCACUCUAUCCUCUACCCUCAACUCCAUGGAGAACCCUGCCUAUCAUCUAGGCGAGCAAGAAGGCUCUCUGAACCACUUCGACAUGGAGGGUAGCCAGCUCGACGGAAUGAACAUGGCGGAGUUGAAGGUUUCUGUCGAGGAACUUACAAGGCGACUUCGUCCGUUCCACCCCCCGCCGCCACCGGUUCCCUUUAACGAGUCGAAAGAUACUGGUGCUGCGGAGCUGGAAAACUUCUCUUCUCGCGAAACCUCCAGUUACUCUACCGUUUUGACAAUCCACGAGUCUACACACGCGGACGGUCGUAAGACGUACGAAGCUCAUACUGGGCCUUUCGUCCGUACUCCGGAUAUGGAUGCCCCUGGCACUGGUGAAAGCGAAGCUAUCAUCGACGUACCCUCCCAACCCGGAACCACCUAUAUCGAGCGCCUGCGCAACAACCGUACCAUGCAAGCGAUCAGCACCAAGAGACGGCGUAAGUUGAAGAUGAAGAAGCACAAGUACAAGAAGCUGUUGCGGAAGACGAGAACCUUGCGUCGCAAGCUUGACAAGGCUUGAUCAGGAUGUGACUUUAAUUAGUUCCUUUCUCUAGCACUGUCCAACCCUAAUCACUUUGUCUCAAGUCUUAUGACAUCUUGGAGCUGUACAUUGCCACCUUGUCAGGAUUUGAACCCGUUGGUGAUUCGUUAGGUGCUUUCUUCAGGUUUGAUGCCGUGGUUUCUAUGGUAUACUCAUAUCCUCUCGAAUACUGCACGUUUCUAUGCAUUGCCCACUCUAUAGACAGUAUCAUUUACAUGACUAUUUUCUUAUAUAAUCUUGAUUGAUCGUUUAGGAUGGACAUAGCUCUGUAUUUUUAAUGUGAUUGCGCGACAUUCAAAUUUCUAAUUGCACACUGGAGUUUGUAACUGAUGCUCACCGCCUACUGGAUAAGCAAGCAAAGCGAGUUCAUGCACGUAUAAAGUAAGAAUUUGUCUUUUAAUGU